AUGUCUGACCACGACGAUGAUCUCGUUGCGUCCAAGACGGAGGGUUUCAAGCUUGGCGAGAAGAAGACAAUAGAGGAAUACACGAAAUUGGACGCGCAUGAUGAGUCUCUGAACCGCUGGAAGGCGUCCCUUGGUCUGAAUACCGGCCAGCCCAUCGCGGACCCUAACGACCCGAGAAAGUGCAUCAUCAAAUCCCUCGCCAUCGAAACGGAGGACCGGGGGGACAUCACGGUGGAUCUCACGGGCCCCGGAGCUCUGGAGGAGCUCAAGAACAAGCCCUUCAAGAUCAAGGAGGGCGCCAAGUUCCGCACCAAGGUCGUCUUCCAGGUGCACCACGAGGUGUUGAGCGGUUUGAAAUAUCUCCAGGUCGUCAAGCGCAAGGGAAUCCGGGUCAGCAAGGACGAAGAGAUGCUGGGAAGUUACGCGCCCAAUACCACCGACAAGCCUUACUAUGAGAAGAAAUUCCACCAAGAGGAGGCUCCUUCGGGUAUGAUCGCCCGAGGACAUUACAACGCCAUCUCCAAGUUUGUGGACGAUGACGACGUCACGCACCUCCAGUUCGAGUGGUCUUUCGAAAUCGCCAAGGACUGGUAG